AUGUUUAAAGGAUUAAUCUUAGGAUCCCUUUUCCAUGGAAUAGAAGGUGCUCCACUAAUAAAAAGACAAAACAUUUACAAAAGUAUUAAUGAGUUCAAUAAUAACAUCAAAGAUGGGAAUUUAGAACGUCCAUCUCCCGAUGAUGAUUCAAUGUCAUUAAAUGUGAUUACGUUUUUCAUAGUCUUUGGGUCCUUCUUUGGAGUUACUUUCAUUUUCUCCAUUAUAACAUUAAUCAUGUAUUAUGUGAAAAGAAAAUUAGCAUUAUCAGAAGAUGAACUCAAUAGACAAGAAGAAAAUCAAGUUUAUUUAGAAUUAGAUUCUGAAGAACAAGAGUUAUAUUUCCAAUCAAAAGAUUAUUUAUCAUCAAAUCCUUAUUAUAGGAAUGAUUUGACAUUAUCCCAGAAUUUAUUAAUCCAAGAGAAAGGUGUUAAUGCUUGGGAAUUUGUAAGGGAUUCAAUGUUGACAUCUAAUGAUUUGUUAAUUUUGAAUAAAUAUGAAUUGAAUUUCUUCAAAAAAUUUGAAUGCUCAACACAGACCAACUUACCUAUCCCUCAGAAGAAUGAAGUCUACUAUUUUGAAAGUAAAAUUUAUAGUUUACCUGAUCCUGAAAAUACUAAAAUUAGUAUCGGUAUCGGUAUUAAACCUUAUCCAUGGUUCAGAUUACCUGGUAGACAUGCUCAUUCCGUUAGUUAUGAUAGUGAUGGUUACAGAAGGCAUAAUCAACCUUUUGAGUUCACAACCGAUGCUCCUUUCCCCAAAUUCAUCGAAGGUGAUGUGAUAGGAGUAGGCUAUAGAACUAGAUCUGGUACGAUAUUUUUCACCAGAAAUGGUAAAAAAUUGAGUGAAUCUAAAAUUGGAGGUCAUAUUAAGAAUUUUAAAAUCCCAAGUAAUGGUCAAAUAUUCCCAAUUGUUGGAGCUAAUAACUUAUGUUCGGUCCACGUCAAUGUUGGUCAAAUGGGAUUUAAUUUUAUUGAAGGUCAAGUGAAGAAAUGGGGAUUUGCUCCUUUGGAAGGUUCAGGCCCUGCUCCACCUGCUUAUAAUAAAUUCAAUGGUGACAUUUUAUUGGAAAGGUCAGAAAUCGAUGAAAAUGAAUUGAGCGAACGUGAAAACGAUUUCCCUCCUGAUUUUUGGCAAACUCAAUCCGAUGACGAGUAUGAUUACAAUACAAAUGACAAAUUCAGUUUCAAAACUUAUAGUGAUGUUAAUUCAACAGAUGAAAGAAUCACUUUGAAUAGUUUGAUGCCUCCAAUUAAACCUCCAUCAUAUUCAGAUGAGGAGGAUAACCAAGAAGAAAUAGUAGCUAUAAAUUCAGAAGAAUUUGAAGCAAUAAAUUCAGAACAACUUGAUACCACAAAUUCACAACAAGCUACCCAAGAAGGAAGUUCCAGCACCACUGUAAAUGACCAGAAUUUGAUUUCAGAGGAUGAACUACCCCACGAACAAUCUUCAGGAGAGGAUGAAUAUUCCGAACAUUUCCAGACAGUGAAUGAAAUCAGCGAAGCUGACCUUCCCGACUCGGGAGAAAACUAA